AUGCAGCUUGGCAUUUUUGGCAGUGGCUGCUACGAUCCAAGGCUCGCGUCACCAGCCUGCGCCGCGCCCCGCCUGUCUCCGCUUCGCGACACGGGAGCGAAACCGUCGCGCCCCCGUGUCAGCCACCAACCCGCGAACCCUAACCCUAGCCCCGUGCCACAGCCGCAGCGGUGCCGCCACGCGUCCCGGCCCGGCCGUCGAGAACCCCGGCCGCAGCCGCUCCCGAACCCUAGCGCUCCCUAUAAGUCCGAGGCCGCUUCGCCCCAAACCCUAGAAGCCCCAGCCUCCCUUCCGCCGCCGCCACACGAAGAGGAGGAGGAGGAGGAGCCGGAGCUGCGCAAGGAGGAGAAGGCCGACGCCCCGGAGCUUCACCAGGCCGGCGCCCCGUACGACGACCCCAACGCCGCGGAUCUCCCUGCACGGCCUCGACCCACCGGCUCCAACCCGCCACCGCACCGAGCGCCAUCUCCCUCAGCCCCGCCGGACCCGUCCGCGAGGAGCUGACCGACGACCAGGACUACCCGGAGGC